AUGAUGGAAUUUGCACAUUUAUCUCACGUUUCCUCUCCCCCUCGACCAAGCAGCCCUACUCACACUAACUCCAGCAGUGCAACCCGUGUUGAACCAGCAUUCUUUGAUUUUUUUCUCAAGAAAGCAAAUAACUCACCCUGUUUGAUGACCUCUGAUAUAGGAUCUGGCUCUGAUCAUUCAGGUUCUCCCCCAACUCCUCUCUCCCCAGUGGAUGAGGUGUCAAACUCUCCUUUAGUGAGAGAGGGCUUAUUGCAUAGCCCUUCCCGUCGCGGAAAGCGUGACUUCGCAUCUCCGUCCCGUCGUGGGAAGCCUGGCUACACACCUGCAACAAAAGAGAGCUUAUUGUGUAGCCCUUCCCCUCGUAAAUCGCAUGGCAUGGCAUCUCCUUCCCGUAGAAAGUGUCACGCUGUGUCUUCUCCUACGCCUGUUUCUCCAAUGAAACCCCACAACUCAUCCCUUCCCCCUCGUUCGUCUUCUCCUCCAGCUUCUCCCCUUUUUGGGAAGUUUACAUCUGCUUCUCCACUGGAGCUCCGUAUCUCGGCUCGUGCGUUAGGGCGAGAAUGCCGACCAGAGUUCACGGCUGAAGACAUUGCAGAGCACGAGGAAUUGAUAAUGAAGGGCCUCGUGGAAAUGAACCUAUCGACUAUGUACAAAUUAUUCAAGGCAAGGCUUGCUGGCCGUGAAGCUGCACGCCAACGCCUCGCGGUUACAGCAUGGGCAAUUCAAGAGGCAAAGCACUUCUUAGAAUUUUCUGAGGCGCUCAAUGAGGAUAGCAAAAUGCGCCUCAAAUAUUCUGAUGAAGAAUUCCGAAGAAUUAGAGCCACUCUCACCGGGCGUCACCAUUCAGAGAUCGAGGAUGACGGGAACUACCUUCAAUCUGUAUAUGACGACGAGUGCAACACUCUUCGUGCCGUUGCUGCCCAGGCAGACACAAUGGGAAAAGUUCUGGGCCUGAACGUCAAGAACGACUUACUGUCAUCUAGGGGAGAAUCUUCUCAUCGCCCUCAAUUCACCAGCUCGGCUGAUCCCAGCGGUUCCCAUACGUCCUCCGAUUUAGAUGGUGAUGAUCACAACAGUACCAUGGACUCGGACGAUGACGAAGAAUCUGAAGGCCACGAUGCGCCGCUCACACUAGAUCACUUCGUGAUCGGACUGCCAUGUUUUUAUGGCAAGGCUGCCGUCCCCAAGCCAGCAAGGGGAUCGGGACUUAACCCAUCAGGACUUCCAGCUGCUGAUCAACUCAACAUUCCAGCUGAACAACCUUCUGUAUCAGCAUUUGGUUUCAAUCCACACGAAGACAGUAUGCAGCGGCAAAGCGGGGGCCCAGAUUGGCACUCUUUCCGUGGACCCACACAGUACGACGACUCACACGCAUCCAGCUCUACAUCCUUCGGCGCUUUUGCGCAGCCUCAACAAGAUACUUUCACGCAGUCACAACCCAAUCUUUUGCAGCCUCACUAUGGUACAUCCUACGACGGGUACGUUUAUAAUCAAGAUGGAUUUGGAGACGCGGGGGGCCAGCCAUACAGCGGCUCGUCCUUAAGCAACCCCCAACCCAAUCCUUCGCAGCCCCAUGAUGACGGUACAUCCUACGACAGGUACCCUUACGAUCAAGACGGAUUCGGAGACACGGGGGACCAGCUGUACGACAGCUCGUCCUUAGGAACGCUCGGAGCCCCUCAAGAGGGUACCCACGUGCACGGAACACCCUUACCGCCGUGGAUUGAUGAAGCUUCCGAUGGAGGAGUCGGUGUGAUAGACCGAGGGACAGGCUUUGUUCCCCCGGCUACCAAUCUAGCUCUCUUACGGCGAGGGGAAAUUCCUCAAGAAGAGGUCGUUCAUACCCAGGGGCCGGCACGUACUACGAAAAAACGGAAUACCAGGCCUAACCUACCAGGAACACCAUACCUUGUCCCACAAGCCCCCCGCACCACCACCGAACCACAGACACGCGCCGCAACAUCAUCACAAGCACAAACGACGGCACUACAAAUACCUGUCGCCACCGAACAUUCAGCGCUGACGUUGAAGACUGUUCGUGUGUCGAAUGACGACAUCAACGACGCUGUGAAGGGAGGGAAAGUCCUGAUUGCGCGGGUGAUGUUUACCAAACAUGCAAUGACGCAGAAGCGGAAAAAACACGUCACUCAAUUUGAGGACGCAAUCAAAGACUCGACGCCUCGUUGUUUGGAAGCUGAUGUUGUCAUUGAAAACUUCAUAACUAACGCCCAUCGGAGACAAGUGUCGAACGCAUUGUCCAGUAUACGCGGGAAAAUCGCUCAAUUUGCGCGCGACAGUGUCUUCGUGUCAUACAAGCUGUUUCCCCCACGAGGGAGCACCAUCGCAGCAGCACAAACGCAUCGCAUCGCAAUGGUGAACAAACUCAUACGGGGCAUUGAUCCCCUACUCUUCAUGCAUGCAUAUUCUGUGGACGAGCACGGGAAUAUCACCAUUGAUGCCAAAUUUCAGAAUGCGUUUAUCAUGGCUGGCGUCGUUCGUUUUGUGUGGCGCGAGGGCCGCGAAGCCUUUCUCGGCGCCUCGCCACUGAAGGCCAUCAAAUAUGUGAUGGCCUCAGUUGGCAGCGGUACUCACUGUGCAUUGCAGGAACAGCGCUCCGCUGUUAUCACCGUCGACGCUUUUGGUGGUCAACACCACAAAGAAAAAUUCAAGGAGAUCGUGCAAGCGUUCGAUGACCUCACGGACGAAGAAAAACUCGAGUUAGAAAGUUAUUUGCAGUACGUGCUGGAUGUCGGACCAUCGCAGGCAGGCAAUGGAGAGAGCUCAUCCGAUUCUGAAUAA